CCGCAGCCGCAGCCAGUAGUGUGCCGCACGCCGAGCUCGAGGCAAGCAAAAGCCGUGUGCCGCGCUCCCGCGACUCCCCCGUGUCGUGUGCGUUUUCGUCGCCUCUCGGAGCAGUCUCUCUCUUCCUCCUCCGUCCCCGCCAGCAGCUCAUCGGUAUACAGCGUGUCUGCGGUAUAUUCCUCCUCGUCGUCGAUUAUUCGGAUACAAUACUUACAGCGCCGCAGCGAAUUACACACGUCAGUGCGAGAAAGAGAGAGAGAGAGAGAGAGAGAGAGAGAGAGGUGAUCUUGAGCGCGUGCAGCUGCCCGAGAUCCUUUUUCGUUGAACGGCGGCCGCAGCAGAGCAGCGAACAAGUGCACGAGAGACACAGAGAGAUUGCUACACACACGGCUCUUUCUCUCCGCGGUGUGCCAGGCCAGUAUCGUGUACACAUCAACACAGAGUGUGCAGUGUGCUCCGGAAUCGUCAGCAGCAGCAGUAGCAGCGUCUACGAGUGGGACCAGUUCGUUCACGGAAUCGACUGAUCGAAGAUGCGCCGGUCCUUCGUCACGCCGAGAUCCGACAGAGUCGGUGGCCAGCAGUUCUCCAGCAGCCCCUGAGCAUCGACAGCACACAGCUUCGCAGCCGUCGCCUCCAGGUAAAGGAGUUCCGCAAGUCACACCCGAUAACGCAUCAGUUUGUAAAAGCGAAGCCUGUAAAACGCGCAGACGGAUCAUUCGUAGCUCCGGACACAGGUGUGUCGCAGCUUAGAACGUCGACGACGAGAAAGACCCGCGAGUGGAUAGCCCUGCGCUGCGAGGAAAGAGAUAGAUAGAGAGAAUCGAAGUGUGCCGCGUGUGAGAGAAGAAGUCGGCGUUGGGGUAGGGCCGCAGAUGGGAGAGGCUCUGGCCGGGCCCGGGAGGGUGAUCGGUGUCAGGAAGCAGCAGAAGAGGCGGCAGCAGAAGCAGCUCCAGGAGAAACCGGCCAGGAGGCGACGCCGACGACCAGCCGCCGGCGAGUACCGGCGCGGCUGCCCCACCUAUACUCGACCGCGCGGAACCCAUCAAGCUGGAAUUGAUGGAGUUGGAGAACAUCGUAGCCAAUACUGUGUACCUCAAAGCGAGAGAAGGUCAGUGCGGUGGUGACAGCAACAAGGGGAAGAGUAAAAAAUGGCGUAAGAUACUUCAGUUCCCGCACAUAUCGCAGUGUAUCGGACUCAAAGAUAAGCUCGACAUCCGAUACAGCUAUGUGGUCGACCAGCAGCCGAUCGGCCGGCUGCUGUUCCGGCAGUACUGCCAGGACAAGAAGCCGGCCUAUCACCGCUACAACCUCUUCCUCGACGCGAUCGAGAAGUACGAGGUCGAGAUGGACGAGAACAGGACGGAGAUGGCCAAGCUGCUGUUCGAGCAGUAUCUCAAGCGCGAAGGCUCCGAGGUCGUCGAUAUCCUCAACGACUCGCUCAUAACCCAGUGCGAGGAGAGGCUCGGCAGUGCCGGAAAGGAGAUCUUCGUUGAGAUCGCCCAGACGGUCAAGAACUUCCUCGCUGGGGAACCCUUUGCUGCUUUUCUCACCACCUUCUACUUCUACAGGUAUCUACAGUGGAAGUGGCUCGAGGCCCAGCCCAUCACGUACAAGACUUUCCGGAUGUACCGUGUCCUCGGCAAAGGUGGAUUCGGCGAGGUCUGCGCCUGUCAGGUUCGGGCAACCGGCAAGAUGUACGCCUGCAAGAAGUUGGAGAAGAAGCGCAUAAAGAAGCGCAAAGGCGAGGCUAUGGUGCUCAUCGAGAAGAACAUCCUGCAGAAGAUCAACUCCAAGUUCGUCGUCUCGUUGGCUUACGCCUACGAGACCAAAGACGCCCUGUGCCUCGUGCUCACCAUCAUGAACGGGGGUGACCUCAAGUUUCACAUCUACAACAUGGGCGGAGAGCCUGGAUUCGACAUCAACAGGGCCAGGUUCUACGCCGCGGAGGUCGUCUGCGGACUGGAGCACUUGCAUCUGCAGGGUAUCGUCUACCGGGACUGCAAACCGGAGAACAUUCUACUCGAUGACCACGGCCACGUGCGCAUCUCCGACUUGGGACUAGCGGUGGAAAUCACCGAGGGCGACAUGGUGCGAGGUAGAGUCGGCACAGUCGGUUACAUGGCCCCCGAGGUCAUCGACAACGAGAAGUACACCUUCUCGCCGGACUGGUUCAGCUUCGGCUGUCUGCUGUACGAGAUGAUAGAAGGUCAGGCGCCGUUCCGCGCGCGCAAGGAGAAAGUCAAACGCGACGAGGUCGACAGGCGGGUCAAAGAGGACCAGGAAAAGUACUCGCACAAGUUCACCGAGGAGGCCAAGAGUCUGUGCCAGCAGCUGCUCAAGAAGAGCCCCAAAAGCCGGUUGGGAUGCAAGUGCGGUAGACACGGCGCCAAGGAAGUGAAGCUGCACAAUUUCUUCCAGUGCCUCAACUGGAAGAGGGUCGAGGCGGGCAUGUGGGAGCCGCCCUUCAUCCCCGAUCCGCACGCGGUCUACGCCAAGGAUGUCCUGGAUAUCGAGCAAUUUUCCACCGUGAAGGGCGUCAAUUUGGACGCGACGGAUGACACGUUCUACAGCAAAUUCAAUACCGGAAGCGUGUCCAUUCCUUGGCAGACUGAAAUGAUAGAGACCGAGUGCUUCAAGGAGCUCAACGUGCUCGGGCCGAACAAUACACCCACCCCGGAUCUGCUGAUAAACCAUCCGCCGCCCAACAAUGAGAACAGAGGCUGCUUCCCCUUCCGCAGAAAGAAGAAGCAGAGCGCACGUACCCAAGAGAUUCCACUAUCAGAGUGCCAUUUGUUAGAACUAUCGCAAAGCCAAAGCUCGGAGAUGCCAGCCAGCUGAUCCAGGAUGAAUUCCGCCAACGGCAAUGCAACGACCGAGUCUACCGCGCCGCUCUGCGCAAGCGGUGGCGACGGCUGCUGCUGUCUGAGCCGCCGCCUGGUCUGGAACAAGACCUCGGAGAAGGUUAACAAACCUGCGGACGAUGAGUGCAAUGGCGCCCACUUCGUCGCCUGAAGGGGGAUACUGGAAAAAUAGAGGAUGAUUAGCGAGAGGCCAGGAACAUUGUUCAUUCCGCCGCCACCGCGUCGAGACACUUUUACAUACUACUAAUUUUGGCGUUUCGGAUGAAUGGUAUUUAUUCGAACCGGUAUAGACGAUAUUUGUUAGCAUUAAAUGCGAAUGAUGAUGAAUUCGGAAGUACAUUAUGGAAUGCGUAGAGAUGUGGAUUUGAAUUGGGCGAUGGUUUCUUCUGGCACGUGUUUGUUUUGGGAGAACGUCGCGCGCGUUCGUUUUCUUAUUCGUGUUAUAUUUUUGUAUUAUCCGUAACGUUAUCUUUUUUUUUAACGUGAACGAAGAAUCAAAGGUCUGAGCACAAAAUAGUCAUGCUAGAGAUGUAUAAAAGGUCCUUGGAUUCGACACUUUUUUAGAGGCGACAUUUUGCGGGGGGGGGGGGGUCCGUUGGGAGUGACAAGAGAUACUGCGCCAAGAUGUAGAAAGUAAGGACAACGUGUACCUAUAUGAUCUUUACUUGCAUACGCUUAGAUAGGAUUAAGACUUUCGCGAUUCUACAUAGGGAGAUAACACUUGAUUUGGUGUUCUCAACGUCUGGAUGAGACACUUUUUUUACCGAAAAAGGCUUAUCUAGAGAUUGAUUGAAUGCAAAUUAGAAGAUAUAUUAUUUCUGCGAUCUGAUGCGAGAUUAUUAUUAAAGUGAAAAAUUAGGAUAAAAAAUUUACGAACAAAUUGCUCACGUCCCGAGCGAGAGAGAUUGCUUAGGUCAAAAAAUGUUUAACAGGCAACCUAUGACGUUCCUGUUAUAAAAAUUAAACAAAGAAGUCCUUGAACAAAGGAAUACUUACCGUCAAUGCAUUGAGAGCGAUUAUCGAGAUCAAAAAGAAGCCUCUCGCAAUGAAUAAAAAAAAUUGCUGUCGUCGUUGUUCUUUUUGAAUUAUAUAUCGUUCGAAAUUUCCCAUUUUAUACAUAUAUGCAAUGUAUAGGACAUGCACGAAUAAUUUUGUGAAAUUCUUCAGUGCAAUACUAAUAACUGUUUAUACUUUAAGCUAAGAACAAAAGUAAUGAGAUUAUUUUACGUACGUAUUUUUAUCGCUAUUUUACCGCUAUUCAACGACGUCGUAUUACCGGCAAAAUAUAAGCAUUUUUAAAAUUUACUCUUAUACUAGAAGAAGAAUGAGGAUCUUAAUGAAAACGUCAAAAAAGAAGAGAAGUAACUUUAGAAGAAAAAUAAAGAACACAGACGACAAAAGAUAUAGGGUGUGUUGCAACCUCCCUGUGACUAAAGUUGGUUUACCGUUAUAAAUCGCGGACUGAGAUUUUCAACAACUCAAAGAAAAACUUAUUCGCUGGUUUGCACAAAAAAUUCCAUUGAAUUCGGCUUAUCGGUAAAAUAUCUAGCAGUUUUUCCAAUCAUUGAUAGAAAUUUUUUGUAUUCCGAACAAGUAAAAAGCACAAAACGGGAAUUCGAUUAUACUCAAAAGCGCAACGAACGCGCGUUUUUCUAAGCGUACAUACAUUCAGCAUUUACAACUGACAAAAAUAGUUUAAAAAUCCGUACCCGUCCGUUCAAGAAACACAAAAACUCGGCGAAUUUUAGCUAACUAAGCGAUUUUACACAGUAACGAGAAAACGAAGGAAAAUUAGCACAGGGGUACAAAAAUCGGCGCCUGGCAGAUACCGUGUUAAGAUUACCGUUAGUGUACACGCAAAUACAAUUGUCAGAUUCUAAGAAGGGAAGAAUCGCGAAAAUACAAAAAAGAGAUGAGUAAAUUACACGUGUGGCGUUUGUAAUGGAGUAAUCUCUCCUCGUUCUCGUCUUAUUUUGUAUAUGCAUAUAUCUAAUAGUUACGUAUGCCUUGUACACGAUAAAAUGUGUGUUUAUUUUAAUCUUAUAUCCACGUAGUAUGCUGGUUCCUUUGUUUCUAUAAUCGUACCACGACGUUCCAGCAGUCGUAAAGAGGUUUACGAAAAUGAUCUUCCUACUUUCGUGAUUUGAAUUCCAGUCUUCGAUUGAAUAAGUUAUAAUGGAAAACCACACAUUCAACUAAUGCUGUUUUAUCUAGAAAUCGAUGGUAACUAGUAAAGUCAAUGCAGUAAAAAAUAAUUUAUAUAUAUAGCAAAUAUAUGAAAAUAUAUAAACAUAUUCAGAUGCUUUUCAUAAUUUUUUUAAAAACGUUUUCUAUUUUUUAACGGUUUUAUACGAAUGUAAGUAAAAAAAAACAAUGUGUUCCAUUUUACUCAAAUAAAUCUAUCUUCCAUAAAAACAAAGUAAACAUAUUUUUUAAUUAUAUUUUAAAGUUAGUAAGAGCGAAGAUCCUCAUCGAUUGCAAUCGACAGCUCUGCCUUUUUUUAACGUAAAUAUUAUCAAAUUUGGAUCAAUAACACUGCCUUGAAUUUGGAUUUGUUAUAUAACUGUUAAAGUUGCGUUCUUCAUAUCUUUUGACAAUUGCACAAAGUUUAUUCUCCCUUCUUUAAAUGUAUUCAAUUGUAAUACUGAAUAUUGUCAAAGCCUAUCAUCAAGUGUGUAGCUCUUUCAGCCAUAAAAUCCACUUUGCUCGAUGUUUCCAAUACUAAAUUGGAUUUCAUGACCGAUAUUCUCGAUAUUCUAUUCGAAGAGAACUAAAAAAAAUACAAAACAUUUGACAGUGCACGUGUAAUCCAAUUAAUUUAUCGGCAUAUAGCGCAGCUGCGACAAUCCCAGGAAGCUGUCAUUUCCAAUACCUCUUGUAAUGUAGUCGUUCUGUGCAGAAGUAAGCGCGGUAUCAAUUGUACAUUAUCAUAAUCGAAGCGAGAAAUGAAAGAAAGCGAGAAAAAGUAAAAAAUACGAGAUAAAACUGAUCUUUGUAAACAAAGCCUGUUCUUCCACGAAAAAAUGCGAGUGUGAAUGAGUGAGCGAGAGAAGAAACGCAAGCAAAAGGUCCCCCGUGAGAGGUGCGACUUACCGAAUCUCAUUAUGAAAAAAGAAUCUGUGUAAACGAGUAAACGUUUUCCUCCGUUUGUUAGCGUUAAUCAACAGGUGCGUAACAUACAAUUACGUAAAGCGCAUACGACAAUAUUUUGUUUCUAUUAUAGAUCUAUAUGUCUCUUUACCGUUUAUUACUGUUAGGAUUGCGUUUUAAUUUUCGUUUUUAUAAGUAUAAAAAGUCUGACUGCGAGAUGCAAUACUUUCGCGAAAUUGUAAAUCGGUCGCACAAAGUUAAAAUAUUGGAACCUGUUCGAUUUUUUUUUCUGACUAUAUUCUUUAAUAAAUUAUAAAUGUAUAUUGACCGAUAUACAAAUUUGGUAUUAUCAAGAAAAGACAAACGCUUUGUUUGGUAGCGUUUAAUCUAUUUGUUCGUUGUUUUAUUUCGAUCGCAUUGAUUUUUUUCGAUACUUUGUAAGAAAGGUGUAAUAAAACGCGAUGGUAUAUUUUUUUUUUUUUUUUAUACUCUGGGAUUAAAGAUCUUAUUCUAAGAUCGAGAGUACACACAUCUGUUAGCUUAUAAUCGUGGUAAACUUAAAAAGAAAAAUGCUGCGAAAAAAAUCGUUUUUGCAAAUAUUUUUAAGACGUCGCGAUUCAAGUAACGGCACGUCUAAGUACUUUGUAAACAACAUUCCUCUAUCAUUUGUAAUAUAAAGUCUUAAAGAUCCAUUAUUUCCGACUUUAUUUGAUAUGUGUGAAGAAUUUUUUCUACAAAAAUGAAUUUCUAAUCAGAUACUUAUGAUUAAGUAAUCAAUUUAAUAUUGUCUGUUAUGAUUUAUAAAGUUUUGCGUUGUUAUUUUUGAAGUAUUUAGAAGUGUCGAAUUCUAAAAACGCUCAAUCUGUACCAUUCCACUUUGGUGUCCAUCCGUGCGCUCAAUGCCAACGUAUGAAUGAGUUAUGAGUGCGAGAGUAAAUUUUUGAAAAUUUUUGUUUUUUCCUUAUUUGUUUCAUCUUAAAACUAACCGUGGUUAUACAAGUGGAAAGCGAGCGAGAGAAAACGAGCAAGCGUGAAAGCGGCGUAUAGUAUUAUAAUUGAUAACGUGCGAUUUUAAAAAAAGACGAAUAUGAAAAUGCUUGAGAAAUAAAUAAAGCGAAUUAAAACGACAAACAUCUGUAGAUAGAGCGUUGAUUCUAUAUUCCUAAAACAAACUUUACCAACGUUUACUACAUUGGCGUCAUUACCAUGAUGUGAAUGAAUGACGCCUGAGAUGUGUAAAUGCAAGACGCGGUUCGAAUUGGUAAGAUAAGUGUUUUUAAGGUGACACACUUACGGCAAUACCGGCAUUUCAGAUGAAUAAGAUUAAAUAAUUUUUAGGAAAAUGCACUAAAAACAUUUGUAUAUACAUGGAUUAAAAUAAGAUAUAGGAUAUGGACCAUCUUUCGGUCUGAUCUGCGAUCUGAUUACUGCGACGUCAAUGUAUUGUUUUUUUAAUUUCUAUAUAUGUUUCCAUAAUCUGUCAAUUGUCUUAUCAGAUAAUUUUCUUUAUAUAAAUUCUUAUUGUGAGAAUUAAUAAUUAAGUGUCAAUAAAUUUAAACUUGUAAGAAAA